UCGGCGAUUGGCGCAACAGGAGAACUCCCCACAAGACCAUCAAAUUCCCCACCCGCAACCCUUUGCUCGACUCAAAACCCUCGACAAGCGCCGUCGACCUCGCGCGGCCGCCGCAACAAUGGCGUCCCUUUUCAAGGACCCGAGCAAGCUGUCGGUGUACAGGGACCGGCGGUUCCCUGGGACACAGGAGGAGUUUGAGGGGGCGCUGCUGGCGUCGCUGACGGUGUACGUGGGGAACAUGUCCUUCUACACCACGGAGGAGCAGGCCUACGAGCUAUUCUCCCGCGCCGGCGAGAUAAAAAAGAUCAUCAUGGGCCUCGACAAGAACACCAAGACCCCCUGCGGCUUCUGCUUCAUACUGUACUACUCCAGGGAAGAUGCUGAAGAUGCAGUAAAAUAUAUUAGUGGCACAAUGCUUGACGAUCGCCCAAUUCGUGUUGAUUUUGAUUGGGGCUUUGAAGAAGGCAGGCAAUGGGGCCGUGGAAGGAGUGGUGGACAAGUCCGAGACGAGUACCGCACGGAUUAUGAUCCUGGAAGAGGUGGCUAUGGCAAGAUGGUUCAGAAAGAGCUAGAAGCACAAAGAGAAUUAGUUGACUAUGGUGUAGGUUUUCAAACGAAUGCUCCACCGCAGUUUGAUAGAGCUGACAGGAAGAGAGGAUAUGGUGACCGGAAUGACAGAGGAGAUUACCAACGGAGACGAUCAGCACCAGAUAUGGCCAGGAGAGCAACUGACUCGGAUUCUAAGAGAGAUGCUAAUCAAGAGCCUGAAAAGAAUCCCAGGUUUCGGGAGAAAGGUGAUUCUGAUGAUGAAGACGAGGACUAUGAUAAGAAACGCCGGCGCUGAACAUGAGAAGCAAAUUGCUGCCAUAUUCAAAUGCCCAAUGACUACAAUAGUAGUAUUAUCUAUCUAUCCUGUAUGCCAUAUGACUUGAUUUUCCCUUGAGCCAUUCACAUUUUGUCUGCGUUUUAGAAUCAGUUCAUCAGCACAGUGCAGCCUUUGUUGAAUCAGUUCAUCAAUAUAUGACUCUGCACCCCCUGAAA